AUGGCGAGACUGUUGCUUGGAGAUGGGAGGGCUCUGCCAGCGGUGGUGGUGGUGGCCCUGCUUGUGGUGGUUGUGGCCUUGGUCUCGGUCGCCACCGCAGAUGACGGUGCGCCAUACACCCGCGAAGCACUGGAGAAGCUCCCCGUUGAGCAGCUGAUCCAAGUGCUCGACGAGUGGGACAUUUCUUGCCCUGACUGUGAGGAGCCCGAGGAAUUCAUCAACCGCAUCAUAGUUACGCAGCAAAUUCGUGCUUUGCCCCAGCCGGUAGAGCCUGUGCACUCCACCCAGGACCAUGAACCAGGAUCGGAGAAGUUCUUGGCCGGUAUUCAGGAGCUUCAAUCGCGCGAGGCCGAGUUGAAAAAGCAGAUGCUUGAAGCCGGACUGAACGAGUCCAAUCGCAGAUAUGGUGGGAUUCACCUGAGCCCCGAGCAAAUGCAGCAGCUCACGGAUCAUCUAAAGAAGCAGCAUGCCCAACCCAUGGCUACUCCACCGGCGUCGCCCGCCAAGCGAUUGGCGACAGAGGCGCAAUCGCCGAGACGCUCUCCAAGGGUGGCAGCCAAGCGCAGCAAACAGCUUGUGCUUGAGCCAGACAGCCAUGCUGAGGAGGCCAGCGAGCUGAUGGAUGCUGAGAAUCUAUUCGCCGAGGCCCUGCAGACCGAAGACCAGGCCCCCGGAACUACCGUCGAAACCAAGAUUGAGGGCUUUGAGCGAUUUGAUGGCAUCACACGCCAAUACGCCCAGGAGCGCAACCGUUCAAGCGAGGUGCAUGGCCAAAAAUGGGAUGGAAGGUGUUACUUCUUACAAAUGUCGCUGCUAUCGCCCUUCGCCCGCGCCCGCACCCAUCCCGGACUGCAGCGCAUCGAAUCAGACAUACCCGAGCGCUGUAAAAUCGAGCCAUGUGUACUCGGUGUAGAUGAAGCCGGUCGUGGCCCCGUACUAGGCCCCAUGGUCUAUGCCGUGGCUUUUGCACCACUCUCAGAAAAUGCACGCAUGAAAAAGCUCGGUUUUGCUGACUCCAAACAGCUCUCAGAGGCCAAGCGGGACGAGUUGUUCAAAGUGAUCAAGGAAAAUGCUGAUUGGAUGGGCUGGAAAGUUCACAUGCUAGCUGCCUCGGACAUUUCGGCUGGCAUGUUGAGUCGGACCAAGCACAAUCUCAAUGCUCAAGCACACGAAUCGACGGUUGAUCUGGUCAAGCGCUUGCACGCUCAGGGCGUACAGAUCAAAGAGGAUCUGACCUACCGCUUGCGGUUGAAUCAUCGUCAGCUGUACGUGGACACGGUGGGCAAGGCCCACAUCUAUCAGCAACAGCUCGAAAACUGGCUGCGACCAACCAUUCCCAACAUCAAGAUUGUUGUGGAGAGCAAGCUUUGCGUCACGCAUCGCGUGAGUGAUCUUUGUGUUCUCAUUCUAGACAUUGCCAACGCUGAUGUCACCUAUCCCAUUGUGUCAGCUGCCUCCAUCUGUGCCAAAGUCACACGCGAUGCCGUGUUGACGUACUGGCGCCAUCCAGAGCAGCGAGAAAUCGAUAACGACUUUGGCUGCGGAUACCCGGGCGACUCGAGCACCAAGGCGUGGCUCCGCAAAGUGUUGGAUCCCAUUUUUGGAUUUCCCAGCUUGGUUCGGUUUUCAUGGAGUACGGCGCGAGAUUUGCUUCUCAAGGAAGGCACGAAAAUAGAGUGGGAGGAUGAUGGUGACGAGGAUGACGACGAGGCUCAAAACAAGCUUAGCUUUGUCAAGCCGCGCCACGGCUUUUUUCACCGACGAGGGUUCAAGUCGGUGGUCAAGUGGUAG